GAAAAGCGCAAAGUUAAUUUCUAAACCCUAGUGAAGUGAAGCGAAGUGGUGAGAGCAGAGGACUGAGGAUUUAGAUAUGGAUCUUGCUGUUAUUCUCCAAGCUGCUCUUAGUCCCAAUCCCGAUGAACGUAAAGCUGCUGAACAAAACUUGGAUCAGAUCCAGUACGCCCCUCAGCAUCUGGUGAGGGUGUUACAAAUCAUUGUCGACAACAACUGUGACAUUGCCGUGCGACAAUUUGCCACCAUUCAUUUCAAGAAUUUCAUUGCGAAGAAUUGGUCUCCUCAUGACCCUGAUGCUGCCCAACACACCAUUUCACCCGCCGAUAAAGACGUCGUCAGGGAUCACAUUCUCCUCUUUGUAUCUCAAGUUCCUCCUUUGUUGAGGGUACAACUUGGUGAGUGCCUCAAAACAAUUAUACAUUCUGAUUAUCCCGAACAGUGUCCUCGUCUUCUUGAUUGGAUCAAGCAUAAUUUACAGGAUCAACAAGUCUAUGCUGCCUUAUUUGUGCUGCGGAUUCUUUCUAGAAAAUAUGAGUUCAAGUCAGAUGAGGACAGGACACCGGUUUACCAUGUUGUAGGGGAGACAUUUCCUCACCUUCUCAAUAUAUUUAACAGGCUUGUCCAGAUUGCUAAUCCAUCACUUGAAGUAGCAGAUUUGAUCAAGCUUAUCUGUAAAAUAUUCUGGUCAUCCAUAUAUUUGGAGAUUCCAAAGCUUUUGUUUGAUCAAAAUGUCUUCAAUGCUUGGAUGGUGCUGUUUUUAAAUGUAUUGGAGAGGCCUGUUCCCUUGGAAGGUCAGCCUGUUGAUCCAGAGCUUAGAAAAUCAUGGGGUUGGUGGAAGGUAAAAAAAUGGACGAUUCACAUUCUAAAUAGGCUCUACACUCGUUUUGGUGACUUGAAGCUGCAAAACCCAGAAAAUAGAGCCUUUGCUCAAAUGUUUCAGAAGCAUUAUGCAGGGAAGAUCUUGGACUGCCACUUAAAUCUGUUGAAUGUUAUUCGAGUUGGUGACUAUUUACCUGACAGAGUUAUCAACCUGGUUCUUCAAUAUCUAAGCAACAGUAUUCCAAAGAAUAACAUGUAUACUGUGCUGCAACCUCGGCUUGAUGUUCUUCUUUUUGAAAUAGUUUUCCCUCUUAUGUGCUUUAAUGAUAAUGAUCAAAAGCUUUGGGAUGAAGAUCCACAUGAAUAUGUAAGGAAAGGCUAUGACAUCAUCGAGGACUUGUAUAGUCCUAGGACUGCCUCCAUGGAUUUUGUGACUGAGUUGGUCCGAAAACGCGGGAAAGAUAAUCUUCAUAAGUUUAUUCAAUUCAUAGUUGAAGUUUUCAAAAGGUAUGAUGAAGCACCUGCAGAAUACAAGCCUUAUAGACAGAAAGAUGGUGCUCUUCUUGCUAUUGGGGCACUUUGUGACAAAUUGAAACAAACCGAGCCUUAUAAAUCUGAACUUGAGCGUAUGUUAGUUCAACAUGUAUUUCCUGAGUUCAGCAGUCCUGUUGGCCACCUUAGGGCCAAGGCAGCAUGGGUUGCUGGACAAUAUGCCCACAUUAGCUUCUCAGAUCAGAACAAUUUCCGGAAGGCAUUACAGUGUGUUGUAUGUGGAAUGCGUGAUCCUGAACUUCCUGUCCGCAUUGAUUCUGUUUUUGCUUUGCGUUCUUUUGUUGAAGCUUGCAAAGAUUUAAAUGAAAUUCGUCCUAUUCUUCCUCAACUCCUUGAUGAGUUUUUCAAACUUAUGAAUGAGGUUGAGAAUGAGGACCUUGUAUUUACUUUGGAGACUAUUGUGGACAAAUUUGGGGAAGAAAUGGCACCUUAUGCAUUUGGGCUGUGCCAAAAUUUGGCAGCUGCAUUUUGGAGGUGUAUGAACACUGCUGAAGCAGAUGAUGAAGCCGAUGAUCCGGGUGCUCUGGCUGCAGUUGGUUGUUUGCGUGCUAUUAGCACAAUACUUGAAUCCGUGAGCAGUCUUCCUCAACUUUUUGUUCAAAUUGAGCCAACUUUGCUUCCGAUAAUGCGUAGAAUGCUAACAACAGAUGGUCAAGAGGUUUUUGAAGAAAUUUUGGAGAUUGUAUCAUAUAUGACUUUUUUCUCUCCAACAAUAUCAUUGGACAUGUGGAGUCUUUGGCCAUUGAUGAUGGAAGCACUAGCAGAUUGGGCAAUCGAUUUCUUUCCAAAUAUUCUGGUUCCUUUGGACAAUUAUAUUUCAAGGGGAACUGCCCAUUUCCUUACUUGCAAAGAACCUGACUAUCAACAGAGUCUAUGGAAUAUGAUUUCAUCUAUUAUGGCAGACCAAAAUAUGGAGGACAGUGAUAUUGAGCCAGCUCCAAAGCUUAUUGAGGUUGUCUUCAUGAACUGCAGAGGGCAGGUGGAUCACUGGGUUGAGCCAUAUCUCAGAAUUACAGUUGAACGCUUGCAUCGAACUGCAAAGUCAUAUUUGAAAUGUCUUCUCAUGCAAGUGGUAAGCAAUGCUUUAUACUACAAUGCAGUACUGACUCUCAGCAUAUUGCAAAAGUUAGGUGUUGCAUCAGAAAUCUUCAAUCUUUGGUUUCAUAUGCUGCAAGAAGUCAAGAAGAGUGGUGUGCGUGCUCAUUUUAGAAGGGAACAUGACAAGAAAGUUUGCUGCCUUGGUUUAACAUCUUUACUGGCACUUCCAGCUGAUCAAUUGCCAGGAGAGGCUUUAGGCCGGGUGUUCCGGGCCACACUUGAUCUUCUGGUUGCAUACAAGGAUCAAGUUGCAGAAGCUGCAAAAGAGGAAGAAGCUGAAGAUGAUGAUGAUGAUAUGGAUGGCUUUCAAACUGAUGAUGAAGAUGAGGAUGGAAAUGGUUCUGACAAGGAAAUGGGAAUUGAUGCUGAGGAUGGGGAUGAAGCUGACAGUAGUAAACUUAGAAAGUUGGCUGAACAGGCAAAAUCAUUCAGGCCCAACGAUGAGGAUGACGAAGACUCCGAUGAUGAUUUCAGUGAUGAUGAAGAGUUGCAGACCCCAAUUGAUGACGUGGAUCCUUUUGUUUUAUUUGUUGAUACGAUGAAAGUGAUGCAAUCGUCAGAUCCAUUGAGGUUUCAGAACCUCACCCAUACACUUGAGUUUUCUUAUCAAGCUAUAGCUAGUGGUGUUGCCCAGCAUGCUGAAGUGAGAAGAGGAGAGAUUGAAAAGGAAAAAUUAGACAAGUCAUCGGCUGCCACAGACUCUUAAGGCUUUUGGAUGUACAUUCUUUGUUCUUGUUUUGCUUUUGUAUUCUCAAGUAGAGCCUUCAUCCAUCCAUUCUUGGGAAGAGAAGCAGAGGGUUGCGUAUUUAUUUGAGGCAUUUGUUGGCUCAGUGGUUCUAAUUGGUGUAUGAAUUUUGAAGAGUUUGCAGUUUUGAAAUGCUGAGAGUUUGGUGCACUGAAAUUCUGUUGACUUCAGAGGAUGUUGGAUUCGGGAAACUGCGGAAUUUGGUACCUCGGACCAUAACUUUGUCUCUUUCCCUUUGCUCUUUCAAGUCUCCAUGUUUUGUCGUAGUUGAGAGUUUCGGUACUUCCAAUGUAUGGAAACCAUUGUCUGGUCUUCUAUUAGUGCAGCAACGGCUUCAUAUAUACAAGUUUUGUGAUGUUUCUCUCCUGUCACUCAGAUGGGAAAACAAGGGGGCCAAUGGUUGGAUUGGUAAGUUUUGGUGAGGGAUAGCAUUAAAAAUUCUUUGCAUUUUUAUCGUUCUUUUGGUUAUAAAUUUUUUUGGGUUGAGAGUAUAACCCACUGCUUAUUGAAGGGAUGGGAUUUAGGAUUUGCAAAGCUUUUCAAGUGUGGCUUGCUGCACGUUGUAAAACAAGUUAUAUCCAUUCUUUAUAUCAAUAUAAAUUUGUGGGGAGAAAUAAGCCAGCUGGUUGUUCUUGUCAUUUUGUUCUAAUAUAUUUUGUAAUGCUUCAGAAGCUGACACACACCCGGAUCAUGAAACU